AUGGUGCGCUUAAGCAAUCUCAAACAAACGCUCAAGAGCAAGCUUGUGCCAAAUCUCCUUAAGGAGCAGGCCGGCCCCGUGAGAAAUGGCCAUCCCCAAAAGGGCAAGCCAGUCUACCUUCCCCAAUUCCGCAUCGCUCUCAUCCGCACCCCCAAGCUCUCCCCUUACUACGCUCAAUUCCGCGUCCCCCUCGCCUUCAACAAGUUCGAUCUCCGCGACUAUCUUCAGAACCUCUAUGGCGUUCAGGUCCACGGUAUCCGCAGCUACGUGCAGCAACAACCCAUUACACGUAUCACCCGCGAUGGAAAGGGUUACGGCCCAUGGCGCCGGCCCAAGUCGCAGAAGCGCAUGACUGUUGAGUUGCAGCAGCCUUUCAUGUGGCCCGAGGAGCCUAAGGAGUUUACCGCAUGGGAGAAGGAAGGCUGGGAAACUGCCGAGAAAUGGCAAAUCGACCAACAAGACAAGGACCAACCCAAGCCAAACAAGGGCCAAGAGCCCGACGACGAACUGCGCAAGGCUUACGCUGAUCAGGCCAAGGCCCUCCUCAAGGACGGUUCGAAGUGGCAGCCGACCUGGAAGAAACUGGGCUUGGACAAGGUCGAGAAGACUGGCGAGUUCCUUAAAAGGACUUCGUUGCCGGAGUGGUAUACCACGCACCGGAAGACCCGCGGAAGCAGGCGUUAG